AUGUACAAGGAAGCCCUGAUGCCAGACCAGAAGAACAAAGUGGCGAAAUCCAAGAAGCCAAAAUCCAAGCAGGCGAAGAAGCUCGUUUUCUUGGGCGACUUCAAGCUGGUCCAAGAGGCCAUGAACAAGAACAAUGAAGAAAUCGAUCGACUGAAUGCUACCCUGAGGAGACACAAGGCCGAAUCGCAGCGCAGAUCUGAGAACUUGAGGAAGAAGAUCGAGUCUGCGGAAGAGGCGUCCGAUUGGUACAUGCGGCAGUUGAACCUUCUCCUUUUGGAGUUCCUGCAUGAUAGGGGUCUUUGUGGUCCCUCAGAGGCGGACAAGAAGAGGUACCUGGAGACAGAGAAGAAGAGAGAUGAGGGUGCUGAUGUGAUUUAA